AACUGAGCCUACAUUCGACUCAACGAUUCCUGACAACUAGAUAAUGGUUCGGCUUUUCGAGCUCAAUUUACCUGCUUGACUGUUGCGCAAUUGUCGCAUCAAGAGAGAACAAGCACCGUAACCUUCUGUUCGUCGCUCCCAUGUUGCACCUUAUCCAUGAGUCUGCUGUCAUGCGCGACCCAUGUGGAUCUGAAUGAAUGGACAUACGAUCAAUUGAUCCACGACGGACAGACUCGGCGGACCUCUCUCAGGCCAAGACAUUAUGCCUGACCUUCGGCAAUUUGAAUGAGAUGUGUUGAUAUCGUGAUCGCCUCAAGGCCGUGUGCGUCUUCUACCCUGAUUCUGUUCGAACUUCCUUGUCUCCAUCCUCAUGAUACUAAAUUCUAGGUGUUGGACUCUGCUUCUUCAGAUAGUAUCAGCUCUCUUACUCAGCCAUGGAGCUUUGUCUCAGUAUGAUACCAAGCAUCCUGCCCUAGUCCGAUCACCCUACUUCAAUUUCUGCACUAAACUGGUGCCGACGAGUUUCCUCGCUAGUCCAAUAUCUGAUUUGGGGGAUAAUCCAUGGCAGGGUGUUAUCAGGAUUGACAAUGCCAAUUACCAGUGGUUUGGUCCUCCGAUUCAAGGCCAAAGCCAGAAUAUACAACUGAGCAAUUUCCUCGACAUUACGAGCACUCCCACCCGUACUGUCCACACAAUCCAGGCCGGUUCUAUGCAGCUCAAGCUCACGCUUUUGUCCCCCAUCGAGCCUCAGGAUUUCCUCAAACAGUCCAUACCAUUAUCGUACAUAUCACUUGAGAGUACAUCUAUUGACGGCCAGUCGCAUUCUACUCAAGUAUUUAUUGGUGUCAGUGGAGCAGAAUGGAUCAGUCGUACAGAGGGCGAUGGCUUCUCUUGGUCUACCGUUACUACUGACUCUAGCAUGUACCACCAGUAUUUCAAGUUCAGCCGGUCAGAUAGCGGUCAACAGAAUGGAACCUCGCAACUUAUCGUUGGCACUUCAAGGCCAGGUCCUGGCCAACUAACAGCGUGCACUGGCAAUAUCACAAACUGCGCGACAAAGUUUGUGCAAAACGGUAGCUUUCAACCUUCCGACGUGUCUGCAACCCCGCAAACAGGCUCAGGUCUCUCAGCGCAAACCGACACAGUCUAUGCCUUCUCAACAGACCUUUCAGACAUCUCACAAACGUCUGAACCUGUUGUUUGGUGUCUUGGCAUAGUCCGGAAUCCCACAAUCACGUAUACGGACCCUAGUGGCAGAUUACAACUUCGGAGUCCAUACUUCGCCUCCCAGUAUUCGACGAUAUCUGAUGUGGUAGAUGCUUUCCUGUCCGAUUAUCCUAAUGCUGUGUCGCGUGCAGACCAACUGGACGCGAAGAUCUUUUCAGAUGCACGUAAUGUGUCCCAAUCGUCGGCUUUGAAAAAUGUGCUUUCCUUCACUGCUCCUGUUGCUAUGGGUGCAACGGAACUAACCAUAGCGAACGGAACUGAUGGGAAAUGGAAUACCUCUGAUGUCAAGAUGUUCAUGAAAGACCUUCCGGAUAGCAAUCGUAUUAACCCGGUGGAUAAGCUAUAUUUGGCCUUUCCUUUCUAUAUGUACUUGAACGCUUCCUACGCUGGACGGUUAUUGGCCCCACUUCUCGAAUACCAAGAUUCCGAAAUGUAUACGCAACAAUAUGCUGCAAUGGACCUAGGAACGACCUAUCCAAAUGUGACUGGAAAUAAUGGUAGGCAUAACCAGGGAGUGCAAAUGACCGGCAACAUGUUGAUCAUGGCCUUGGCGCAUGCGCAAUUCUCGGGUGAUGGAUCACUAAUAGCGCAACAUUAUAACCUUCUGAAGUCGUGGUCCGAUUACCUAGCUACUUUCUCACUCGCGCCACCUCAGAAUCAAGGCUCCGAUACGGGUUCACAAGCUCUAAACUCUUCAGACGCAACUUUGAAGGGCGUACUUGGCGUCAAGGCGAUGUCGCUUAUUAGCCAAACUGUAGGGAAAGCCGAUGAUGCGCAGCACUAUUCCGAUACUGCUGCAUCUAUGGUGAAAAGUUGGCAAGCGACGCAGAAUCUGGAUGCCUCUACGUCUAAGUGGGAGCAAUUAUACGACUUAUUCGCCGAUCGGCUUCUGCAGACAAGGCUGGUGGAUGAUUCUGUGUAUGACUAUCAGACCCAGCUUGUUAAGCGACUCGCACCUAGCGCACGUAUGUUCUGCGAUAGAUGCACUGCUAGUUUGACAUUACUAAAAUAUGGGACUCUUCAAUCAGCUUUUGGCAUAUCAAUGAAUAGCGAUAGUAGCUUGGCGAACGGCGCGUGGACUAGCUUCACUGCGUCUGUAAUCAGCGACAACGACGCUCGCGACACCGCCAUAUCUGGCCUCUAUGCUCACCUUAAUGUGUCUCUCGACUGUCCCUCUUUACUUUAUGAUAACAACGGGAAUAGUCCCGUCCAGAAAAAUGGCGCAUCUAGCCCAGCACUGGGCGCUAUGUACGCGCCGCUCGCUCUGAGAUUGCCACAACAAUCGAUUGUCAUACCUCCAUCAUCCCCGGCAGAAACAGGUUCACCUUCAUCUCCUCGUCGCAGCAUUGUUGGACCCGUGGUUGGAGGCGUGAUAGGUGGGUUGGUCCUUCUCGCCAUUAUAGCAGGCGGCGUUGUCUUGUGGCUUCGCAAGCGCAGCAAGGACGAUUGGGAACCACCCAUGUUUGUUCCGGACUUGGCGAUCAAUCCACCAACUGAUAUGGUUUCUAUGCCCUAUGCCGGUGGCGUCGUAAUCCAAUCGAAAUUAACACAAGCAGCCCCCGCACAUGAAUCACUCCCUAUGCUGUCUCCUGAAGCAGCAAGCUCGUCACAACAACUUGGAGCCGAGCAUCUCGCUCCUGAGCCUGAGCCUGCCCCUGCCCCGGCACCGAUACCACGAACUGCAGCUAGGGCUGUAGAUGGAUUGAGGUCAGAAAUGGAGAAUCUGCGAAAUGUGGUGCAAACCCUGCGUGCAAACAGAACAGAUCUUCCGCCAGAAUAUACAGAAUGACCUGUCAUGUAGUAGUGUAUUUCUCAUAUCUAGUUGAAACUUUGCCAUUUUGUUAUGUGAGCUAUAAAUAUAGUCAGCGUGUGGCGCGUAAA